CGCUGCUGGGAGUUCGAGCGACUACAUCUGCUCCAGACACCCUGCCCAAACCCAAAUUAUACCUGGACCAGACGAGCGGCGUCUACUGCCGAGGGGACCCGGUGACCAUCUCCUGUUCGGCCGGGAAGGGGGGUCCCCCUGGACGCCGGACCUGGGAGCUGUACCGGGAGGAGCCUCCGGGGGCGCCGCUCGCCAGGGAGACAGCGAGGAGGGCGACUUUCCGGCUCAACGCCACGGAGCGACUGGUCAAGUACAAGUGCCGUUACGGGAUCCAGGGCGAGGAGGGGGAGGGGGACUGGAGGUGGUCCCCCUUCAGCGACGCCGUCCGGGUCUUCGUCACCGAUCCCACCGUGAUCCCGGAGCUAAGGAAGGAGAGGCCGCUGGAGGUCUACGCGACCGGGGAGAGGGUCAGGCUGACCUGCCGCGGCUCCGGAGGGAACGGCCGCUUCCGGCUUUACCGAGGGCCCUCGGAGGAGGGCGAGGAGGAGGAGGAGGCCGCUCUGGAGAGCCCCCGGUGGUACCGAGGGGACUCCUACACCUUCGAGUUGGGGCCCCUAGCCCAGGUGGGCACCCAGUGGUACCGCUGUUCCUAUUGGCGCUGGGUAUCGGGCCGAGUGAUCCACUCGCUACCGAGUGGGGCCCUCCCUAUCACCCUCGUCGAUCGCCCUCAGAGGCCCACCAUCGCCCCGGAUGGACCCCAUCGCAUCCUCCUGCUGGGGGAACGGGUGGCUGUGAGGUGCCAGGCUCCUGGCCAGGACCAGGCCCAGGACCAGGACCAGGCCCAGGCCCAGGCCCAGGACCAGGCUCAAACUCAGGCCCAGGCCCAGAUCCAGGCUCCGACCCAGAUCCAGGCUCCGACCCAGAUCCAGGCCCAGACCCAGGACCAGGCCCAGGCCCAGACCCAGGACCAGACUCAAACUCAGGACCAGGCUCAGGCCCAGGACCAGGCCCAGACCCAGGCUCCUGCCCAGGGCCUGGCCCAGACCCAGGCUCCUGCACAGUACCAGGCCCAGACCCAGGCUCCUGCCCAGAACCAGGCCCAGACCCAGGCUCAGACCCAGGACCAGGCCCAGACCCAGGACCAGGCUCAGACCCAGGACCAGGCCCAGACCCAGGCUACUAUCCAGGACCAGACCCAGGCUCAGACCCAGGACCAGGCCCAGACCCAGGCUCAGGACCAGGCCCAGACCCAGGCUCAGAUUGAAGACCAGGCUCAGACCCAGGACCAGGCCCAGACCCAGGCUCCUGCCCAGGACCAGGCCCAGACCCAGGCUCAGACCCAGGACCAGACCCAGACCCAGGCUACUAUCCAGGACCAGACCCAGGCUCAGACCCAGACCCAGGCUCCUGCCCAGGACCAGGCCCAGACCCAAGCUACUACCCAGACCCAGGCCCAGACCCAGGCUCCUGCCCAGGACCAGGCCCAGACCCAAGCUACUACCCAGACCCAGGCCCAGACCCAGGCUCCUGCCCAGGACCAGACCCAGGCCCAGACCCAGACCCAGGCUCCUGCCCAGGACCAGGCCCAGACCCAGGCUCCUGCCCAGGCCCAGACCCAGGCUCAGACCCAGGACCAGGCCCAGACCCAGGACCAGGCCCAGACCCAGGCCCAGACCCAGGCCCAGACCCAGACCCAGGCCCAGACCCAGACCCAGGCCCAGACCCAGACCCAGGCCCAGACCCAGCUGCUCAUGGAGGCCCGUCUCUACCGGGAGGGCCAGAAGAAGGCAGUGGACGUUCGGCCCCUCGGCCCGGGACAGACCGUGGCUGUCUUCGAGGUUGCGGACAUGCUGAGUGUGGGGAGCCGCCAUUACGCCUGUGCCUACACGGUCAACAUCAGCGGCCGGGCGGUGGAGUCAGUCCGCAGCGCCGCCCUGAAACUGGUGACCGAAGCGCCGCUGAAGAAACCUUAUUUGUACCUGGACGCGGUGCCCAAGUUGUUUCUGGUGGGCGAGAGGGUAAGGCUGGUGUGCCAGGGGGAAUUCAGGGAUCGCUCCAGUACCUUCUACCUCUACAGGGAAGGAGGGGAAGAGCCCCUCCUGACUGGGACCCCCCGGUUUUUCGAGUUUGCCGUGAAAUUCGACAUCAGCACCGUGAUGGGCAAUGGCACAGAGAACUACACCUGCGCCUACCUCCGGCGAUGGAGGGAACGGACGGCGCUCUCCGAUCGCAGUAAUGCCCUCUCGAUCACUGCCCGCUAUCCGCUCUCAAAGCCGCAGUUGGGCCUCGACGUGAAGUCCGGGAUUUACUGGGCCGGAGAGCGGAUGACACUGACCUGCCGGGGGGACCCAGUGGCUCCGGACGGACACUACUAUUUCUUCCACGAUCAGGAGCCGCUGGACAUGGGACGGGGCUCCGAGCUUCCGACAAUCCAGGUGCCGGGCCAGGACAGGACGGGUUUUUACCAGUGCCGAUACGCCCUGAAGACGCCAGAGAGAUGGUUCCUCUCGCCGCUGAGCGAGAGAGUGAGAGUGACGGAGAUCGGAUUUCUGGAGCCCCCGAUCCUGCGGUUGGAAGGUGGGGCGAGGCCUAUCCAGCCAGGCCUCCCCGUCAGGGUGACGUGCGAGGCGCCCCCUGCGGAGAGGGGCCGGCGUUUCUACCUGUUCCGGGACCGGGAGAGGAGGCCGCUGCGUUCCGGGAAGUCGGAGCCUCACUCCCGGUCCUUCACCUUUGACGUUGGGAGCGCGGCGCGGUGCGGAGACCGGGUCUACAGCUGUGCCUACCGCCGACGGGCACACGCGGAGGAACAGUACUCCCGCUGGAGCGAGGAAAUCAUCGUCCGGGCCCAGGGCCCCUGUGACUAGCCCGGACUGCCGCGGAAUCCCGUCGGGGAAUCGACCAAUGGGUCUUCAGAUGCUUCACUGCAGUCAUCCACCCACCACCCACCCCCCUCCCCCACCACCCACCGCGUCCCAGUUCGUCACCUUCGCCUCCCACCUUCAAUCGUCCGAGUGUAACACCAUCCGUUUGUGCAGUCCCGUGUUUGGCUCCACUGUCCUGUCUCGCCCGAAACGCACCUCCUUCCUGCCUAAACCAGCCUCGGCCAAGUCUCUCUCUCUCUCCUCAAUCCCCGCAAACUCUUCCUCCACCUCACACUCCUUGCUAGCCCGUGAAGUGCCCCCGUGCCCCCACGCCCACCCACCCCACCCACCCCCCAGUCUGCUUCCUCUACCUUGUCCUUUCCACCCAAGAUCAGAUAGACUAAAGAAACCACAAACCGACAACCUCCCUCACCCGGGGGGGGAACCUUGCUGAACAGUGCCACCCCCCACACGGAAAUGAGAAGGCAGCCCGUAUACCGGAAGGACGAUGGAGCCGCACACGGGGGUGACGCAAGUGAACUGCUUCUCACCGGCUCCUGGGCCGGUUUCGGAGGAGGAUGGUUCGUUCGGCGAGGGGGGGGUGGGGUGGGGUGGGGUGGGGGGUCCACCCGUCUCCUUCCCCACCCACCUGCCCUUCGCCCCUCCUCCCGGCCUCGCUGCGCUGUCCCAUCGGCGUGAAACGCUGCUCCCUCGCGCAAGCCCGUGCGCGGCAACUCUGGUGCCCAACGCCCCGCAAGAAUCUUCGUCGCCGGGAAGGGGUGGGUGUGGGGGGGGGGGAUGGGUUGCCAAUGAGGAGCCGGCCGGAAGAAAGAGACGGGGAUCGGAAGGACCCCACCCAGGCCCCAGCGACGAGAUGCCAGGCUCAGGGAGGAGAUAGAUGGCAGCCGUUACGUUUUCGAGUGGGCUUCGGUUGGCAAACAAGAGACAACUCAGUGGGUACAUAGCCACCCCUUUGGUGGGGC